AUGGCAGGCCGCAAGACAUUGUUAGCUCCGAUUCACUGCAUUUUCGGUUUCUUGCAGAAGCGCAUCCCUGUUUCAGUCUGGCUGUAUGAGCAGCUCGCUUUCCGGAUAGAGGGAACGAUCCGCGGCUUCGAUGAGUUCAUGAAUCUGGUCAUUGAAAAUGCCGUCGAAGUGCGUCUGGCAACUAAGACAGAAGAGGAGAAGCGCAGGCCGCUCGGCCAGAUUCUCCUCAAGGGAGACAACGUCUCUUUGAUCCAGGCUAUGUGA